GGCCACAGUCACAACCUUCUUGCGCGGCUUCGGCUUCGGCCGCUCCGGCGGUGCGGGCUCCUGUUCCUCCCAGCUCCGCAGGUGCUCUGGAAUCACUGUCAGGAUUGCAUCGAGCGGCGCGGCACCCAAACUGUGCUUACUCUGAGCACCCAUCGUAUCGAAGCUAACUAUCCUCUUCCAAUGCGGCUUUCCCCGAAUCCAUUUCCAACUCCGAGUCGCUCGAGUCCGAAUCAGCUUCAUCUGCUCCAGAUAGAGUGGCGAUCGCUCGCGGUGGGGAAGGCGAUUUGUCCGUACUACUCGGCAGGUGUUUAACAAUUGUUGCGCACCGCUGCCGUGAAUAAUUCAGCGGCGGAAACAUUCUCUGACUUGAUCUCAGCAAAAAAGCCCACCGGCUUACGGUCCCAUAAUACCGUAGCAACCCAAGUUGAGACCAGGAUCUUCAAAACUGAUCAUUCACAAACUGUAUGGCAAACUGUAGCUCAUCCAUGCUGCAAUAAGCCUUACGUAUCUUAAGCGACGCCCCGAAACACUUGUAGAGCCGCGAAAAGUGCUAGAGUGUAGAAAUAUUCAUAUUUUAUUUGGCCGGACACAAGCCUGAUGGCAUCACUCACAGGCCAAAU